GUUGGGCAGGUCUAUGCAUCUACUGCAUGCUGCAGCCGGGUAAGGAAGGAAGAAAAGAGGGCAAGAAGGAAGGAGAGAAGACGGACUAAGAAGUCAUGUGGGAGGUGUAAAUCCACUGCGGAUGAGCAUGCUGAGGGGAGAAGAAGAGGUGAUAGAGAAGGAGGGAAGAGAAGAGAGGCAGGGAGGCAGGAGAGGAGAUUCGGCUGGCUAUAUGUGUGAGGCUGCAGCUGCUGCUUCUCCCUCUGCUGUUUCUGCACUGUGUGGUGGAUCACGAUAAAGCUUCACCAGGAUAACAGAAGGCUUCGACAGAGGAGGAAGGUAUGGUGACUAGAGAUCUGCUGGAGGCGUCCUAAGGGCCUGUUUGUCCUCUGUUUGCCCAUAAUGUCCUUAGUCUUACUGAGUAGGAAGGAACAUGUCCUAAAAAUACAGUGACACCCCCAUCAACAGAUAAACAAACAAAAUCCUAGUAAAAGGAGAGGAGGACAGUCUCUGUCUUCUGUAUCACUCGCUCUCUCUUCCUGGCCUCGAGUGUGAGGUCAUGUCCCAGUCUGGAAAAGUCCUUCAUCUGUACGUGGAGGUAAGGUCAGCCCCGGAGCAGGAUGUGAAUGGGGGCUUGGGGGGAGGAGUGGAGGGUCCUGGGACUGGGAGUAACUCAGCCUCAGCACAGGAUGGGCCAGCUGGGCUUUUGUCCAAGCUAACCUGCCAGACAAAAUGUCAGACUCCUACCAAAGCACAAACGCACCGCCUAGCCCAUAACUUCACUCACACCCAGUCUCCCUCCAGACACACAGUGAGCUUCCAGCUCCACCAAGGCAAUGGCAACCAGUCACCUAGCAUCUCCAAGCGGCAGAGUUUACCAGCAGCACUGACCCACUCCCCAGCCUUUUCCAGAAAUGGGAGGACCACCACCCCCCACAAACCCUCCUCCAAAGGGCAGGGGGUGGGGGGUGAUGCCAAACGCUCGGUGGUCACCUUCAGCUACAUUGAGAAGGCUAACGUCAAGACAGUGGAGAGCCCACAGAACUCUGCCUGUCAGAGGAGGUCUAGGGAGGAGAGGUCAUCCCCACCUUCCUACCCCCGGAAGAGACUCAGCGACCCCAUCUGGUUGGGUAGUCCUGGCUCCUCCUGCAGCUCCAGUCCCAAACUAGCGUUUCGUCCCCCAGGGUGUAUCCAGCAACAACAGCAACCGUCAGUCUCCCCCAGCCACUGCCACCCCGUCUUGGAUCCCGUUGGCAGGGCAGCCACCCAGUUUGCCCUGGAAGCUGGGUUUGGUUCCCCCCUGCACAGGAGUAAGAUCCUCCAUGGGCUCGAGCAGAGUCCUAGGGGCUCCCGCCACAACCAGCAGGCUGGUUGCCUGUCAUGGGCAGGCGGCUCUCCUGUCCUACGCCACAGCGCCUGCAAUAAUCAUGCCAUGGACACAGAUAUAAACCGGGCCAUUUGCGGGCCAUUACCCAGGAGCCCAGCCUCCGACCAGCUUUCGUCUCAUGCUAGCCAGGCCGCUCUGGGUAUGUCUCCUAACUCGAGACCCAGGUUGUGUAUGGGGCCCAAAGCCCAGAGCCCACACCAAUGGGAAGGUCAGGACAAAGCUAUCACAGGGAGUCCAGCCACCCAGAGACAAGUACACAAGCCCUGUAACAGCAGUUCCUCCCCUCAAGGGACUAUUCUCCAACUUAGCAAUAAACUAGGGGUGGGAACUGUACUGAACCAGCUAAGUGGUAGCAAACCCUCCUCACCAUCCAACAGCCCUGAAGUGGCCCGGAGGCUAGCUGUGGAGGCUACUAAAGUGUCCUCUAUUUUAGCAGAGGUAAGGAGGAACUCAUUGACAUUGCACAGCACUUUAGACGAAGUAGAGAGCCCCAACUGUGGAUGUAUGUCCAGAGAAGCCAACAGUUCUGUCCCAAAAGCACAACUGCAACAUUUGCAGCAUCAGAAAGUUAAGAUGAACAUCCCUUUACACGGCCUACACACACCAGCAUUCAACGACACUGACUCUCAACAGGCUGGAAACUCUUUACCAUCGUCACGCACACAGUACACCAACACUCCAAUACUAACCAAUCAUAGGACACAGCACGGAGGAGGGUGGGCUCUGGGUCAGAGCUCCAUCCUAUCAGACGCAGUAGUGGGUGGAGGAGUGUCCCCAGCCCUGCCUUCACGCUUCCUCCGUCCAUUUCUUCCCCCAGCCGAGACCAGCUCCCCUCUGAGGGACCCCAGGCUGCUGAGAGCCCAGCUCAGAGUCACCGACAGCCCCACGCUGCACCGCUGUCAGCCCCCUCAAUACACUGGAGAUUUCUGGUCCUUCGAGCCGGACAGGACAGCCGACUUGUCCUGCUUCGACAGGGGGGACAGUGCCGAGCUGGCCCGUAGGCUCUACAUACGCCAGAGUGUGGAAGAAGCCCCUGUCAGCUGGACUUCCAGGCAGCCCUGGAGCCACCUGGUAGGGGAGGAGAGCAGCAGCUCCAGUUCCAGCCCCAGACAUGGACCUGGACCCGGUCAGCAGCCCUUGAGCACGGCCCAGCAGAAGAGGGCUGAGCAGAGGAGGAGGGAGGUUCUGCUGCUGGGCCCUGUGGUGCUGGACUCCCCAGAGGAGGACGAGGGCCUGGAUGGGGAUGGGGAAGGGGAGGAGGUUUCGGGACAAGGGCAGCAGCCAAGCCUGCUGAGGGUGGAGGAGCCUCAAGGGGGGGAGCGAAUUGGGAUAGCGGGGUCCUCGUCGCGCAGCUCCAGCGGGGUGACGGGCAGCCUAGGUGAAAGGGAAUGUGUGUCCCCAGAGUCCAGUCAGUCCAGCCACCAGAGCAACGAGACAGGGGCUGCCACUUCAGGGAUACAGACGGACAGUGGCACUGCAGUCCCAGGCCCCUCCCUCCACUCCCAGAGGAUAGCUCGUGCCAAGUGGGAGUUCCUAUUCGGGACACCCGCUGAGGAGGCUGCCAGCAGGGGGGAGAAAAGUACCAUCGAACCCUCCACAGCUCCUCCCAGUGGCCAGUCCAGUGAAUCCCCCACUUCCCCCACCUCCCUCCCCCUCAUCUCAGCCAAUCACGAGGUGCAGCACGUGGAGGUAGAGCUGGUGACUCCUCCCCCAGCGGCGGUGGGGGAGUCGCCAAAGACGGGCAUCAUCCGGGGGACCCUCAAGUACUCGGAGACGGACCUGGAUGCCGUGCCCCUGCGCUGCUACCGCGAGACCAACAUCGAUGAGGUGCUAUUGGCUGAGCAGGAAGACACCGACUCAGCGUUUGGGAGUAACCGCAGCGUGAAAAGCACGUCGGGUACAGGCAGCAGCCCCCUGGGUGUCUGUCCCUAUGAGAGAACGAGUGGGGAGGAGGAGGAGGUGGAAGGAGAGGAGGAAGAGGAGGAGGAGGAUGACGAGGAGGAUGAGGAGGAGGUGGUGAGCUGGGUCUCAGUGAGGAUGCAGGGGGACAUUAAGAGGCAGCAGCAGCAGCAGGUGAUCAGUCAGCUGCUGAAGAGGCCAUUGGACAGUUUCUUCGACAACCUCCCGGCCCUCAAGUCGCCCAUCCUGGUUUCGGGUCCUCGUCUGGCAGGCACGACUGAGGACACCUUCAGCCGCCAUUUUGAGAGCAUAAUGGAGUCACAUCGCGCCAAGGGCACAUCCUACUGCAGCCUGGACAGCGAGGAGCUGCUGACCUCCAGCACCCAGACGGUCCUGACCUUUGACCUUCCCACACUGACCCCAGAGAUCCAGGGCGGUCAGAUGAUCUGUCAGAGCGCCCGGCACAUUGUCAAGUUGAGCUUCGCCCCACUGGCCCACUGUGAGAGGGGAACAAGCCUAUCAGAUUCCAUCGUCACGGUGACAGGCGACUCAGACGCCACGCGAGCCCCCUCCAGCGAAAGGCUGAGCAGUGGCUCGGAGGACACACUCCCGCGAGGGGGAGGGGGCGGGGCACGGAUGUUGGGGAGCAGCUGGUACAGCAACCCCACAUUCUCCUUCCCUAGGUCAGUGAUGUCAUACAGCAGCAACCCCUCCCUCUCCUUCCACAGGGAGAAGGCUCGUCUGGCGACAGACUCGGAGCUGGAUCAGGACCUCAGUGAGCGGCUGGGACUGGGGAGCAGCGACACCCUCACCAACGGUAACCGUGCUGACGGAGAGGCCGCCAAGCGCUUGGCCAAGCGCCUCUUCACCCUGGACGGCUUCAGGAAGUCCGACGUGGCCCGUCACCUCAGCAAGAACAAUGACUUCAGUCAUAAGGUUGCAGAGGAGUAUCUACACUUCUUUAACUUCACAGGUCUUAAUGUGGACCAGGCUCUGAGAGCCUUACUCAAGCAGUUCUCCCUGAUGGGAGAGACUCAGGAGAGGGAGCGGGUGCUGUCUCACUUCUCCAGGAGAUACCUGCACUGUAACCCAAUACUCAUACAUACUGAGGAUGGUGUUCAUACCUUGACCUGUGCCCUGAUGCUGCUAAACACAGACCUGCAUGGCCAUAACAUUGGCAAAAGGAUGUCCUGCACACAGUUCAUUGAAAACCUGGAGGGUCUGAAUGAGGGUCAAGACUUUCCCAAAGACUUGCUGAAGGCCCUGUACAACUCAAUCAAGAAUGAGAAGCUUCAAUGGACAAUCGAUGAGGAAGAGAUGCGGAAGUCUUUCUCGGAGCUGGGGGACACCAACCAGGCUGACUCCACCUCUAAACACAUGAAGAGCAUGGCCAGCGGUGAGAAACACCUAGUGACCAUGGCCCAGCCCUCGGGAGCCCUGCUGUACAAGAAUGGCUUCCUGGUGCGCAAGGUGCACGCCGACUCAGAUGGCAAGAGAACACCGCGUGGGAAGAGAGGAUGGAAGACGUUCUAUGGCAUUCUGAAGGGGCUGAUUCUCUACCUGCAGAAGGGAGAGUACCGGCCAGAUAAACAGCUGUCAGAUGAGGAUCUGAAGAACGCCGUGUCCAUCCACCACUCUCUGGCCAUGAGGGCUGCUGACUACAGCAAGAGACCCAAUGUGUUCUACCUCCGCACCGCCGACUGGAGGGUCUACCUCUUCCAGGCACCAAACGCAGAGCAAAUGCAGUCGUGGAUCACGCGCAUCAACACGGUAUCAGCCAUGUUCUCAGCACCACCCUUCCCUGCAGCCAUUGGUUCACAGAAGAAAUUUUCCCGACCGCUGCUGCCAGGCUCCACCUCCAAACUGUCACAGGAGGAGCAGGUCCAGUCCCAUGAGGCUCGGUUCCGGGCCAUCUCCACUGAACUGGCUGAGCUGCGCUCGUAUCCUCCAGACCGAAAGGUCAAAGGCCGUGAGCUGGAGGAGUACCGCCAGCGGGACGAGUACCUGGAGUUUGAGAAAACGCGCUAUGGUACCUACGCCAUGCUACUGCGGGCCAAGAUCCGCUGCGGCGAGGAUGACUUGUCCGUAUUCGAGGCCCAGAUCCUGGAGGACAAUGGCCUGCAGCGCGCCCACUCCAGCCCCACACUGCAGGACAGCAGCCAGGCCAGCCAGGCCUCCCAGGGCAGCAGCACCAAGGAGCCGGUGGGCUGCAGCGGUAUAGGAAAAGGCUCCAAGCGCACAGAGGGCCAGAGAUACAGCUACCGCCAGGCCGUCAAGAAGUGAGUCAGGGCGGGGUGCUGGGUGGUGAUGACGUGGCAGGCUUGUCUCCCUGCGCAGGUUAUUUGAGAUCCGCGUGAGGGGGGGUUAUAGGAGCUUGAAAAGGAGCGGGUGAGAGUUUACUGUAUACACCACGCCCCCCCCCCCCCCCUCCCCUCCCAUGGAGCCCCCAUCCAGCACCCCUGAUCUCCUCAGCCAGUAGAGGAGGUGCAGAGGUGCAGGUCAUAUGGCCAAUGCCAGCGGUGUGUUGGGACAUGAGGAAGGGAGGAGCAUUGGAGAGGUCACGGAGCUUGGACAGAAAGUAUUUGAGAGAAGGCUUUCUGGAUACACUAAUAGACUGUCCUAUACCAUACGGUAAGACAGAGGGUCCUCCUGUAAGCGGUAGCUCCGCCGUACAGGGACUCCCAUCCAGCAUCCUUUCCUUCUAAUUCUUUGAGGUCACCUCUCUCACAAACCCCUCUACCAACCUUUUUUCUUGACGUUGUUUUUUCUGAUUUGGGACCAAACAUGUUUACAUGUUUGACACCUUAAGUCUCCAAUGACUGUUCUGUUGAUUUCAACAUGUGUUACAGUACUGUAAUACUGCAGUAAGAGGAGCUAGACCCUAGACUCAUUGCAGUUCCAUUUUUUCCACAACAUCAGGGUGUGUCCACAUUCCAUGAGGGAGCCUAAACACUAGGGUACUUGCAGUUCCUGAACUUUUCUUUGGGGCAAAUAUGGCAGCAACAAGGUGGCUCUAGUGGAUCCGUAAUGGCAGUGCACUAUGCAUCAGGAUCAGCAAUGGAGGUUCAGUUGCAACUCUUCCUCCUGGCCCGAAUCAGGGCGAGGGCAGAGGAGAGACUGAGCUCUCAUGACUUCAGACACUCCACUCUCUACACAUUCUCAGUCUUCUCCCCUCUCAGAGAGGGGGUAACUGUGGCUCCCAUCUCUAUCCUAUCUCCCAAAUGGGUUGUCAGAGUGACGGAUGUCAUUUGAGACAUUUCAUUAUAAACUGGGUGGUUCGAGCCCUGAAUGCUGAUUGGCCGACAGCUGUGGUAUAUCAGACCGUAUACCACUGAGUAUGACAAAACAUUUAUUUUUCACUGCUCUAAUUACGUUGGUAACCUGUUUAUAAUAGCAAUAAGGCAGCUCGGGGGAUGCGUCGUGCAUAAGAACAGCCCUUAGCCGAGGUAUAUUGGCCAUAUACCACACCCCCUUGUGCCUUAUUGCUUAGUUGUACUGCAUCAUCCUCUCAGCAAGAGAGACCCAUGGUUUCUUUCCUUUUUCUUAAAGGGGCACUCUGCGAUUGAUAUAUACCCAUUGACUCUUGAAUAAUAUAACGUACAGUAUAUAUGCCUCAUGAGCUUAGUUCAACUGUUGUACCCCAUCAGAACCCCAAAUAUAAACUUGUUUUACUCCUUUGUUUGUAAAAAGUGUAAUUGUAAACAAAAACAGAAUCUCCACAAAACAUGGCUAAAACUACGUUUCUGAUAUCAUUGAUGGUUAGUCCUUGUAUCCAUAGCGCUGUCCAUGGAUGUUAGAGGGGUUACAUUUCUCCAGCCCCAUCCCUCAGCUGUUUACCAAAUCAGUGGCAGGGUGGAUGCUUUGUAUUGUUGAAUCGCAGAGUGCCCAUUUAAUAACAGUUGAUACUACUCCUACCUAGCCAGUUGCUUUAGCUUUGUCUUGUGGUGGGCUUCUGUUCUUCUUUCUUACUUCUCUGGGCUGAACUUUGUUUUUUUCUCAGCAUGUCUGCAUUGAGCUCAGCUUUUUCUUUUAUGCCUUUUUCUUCUUCCUGGAAAAAAAAGAGAGCAGCAACUGUUUGGGUUGUGUUGUAUUUUUAUUCACACUGUUGUAUUGACAUGUCCUCCCUGUUACUCCCUGACCUGUCCUCCCUGUUACUCCCUGACCUGUCCUCUAUGUUACUCCCUGACCUGUCCUCUAUGUUACUCCCUGACCUGUCCUCUAUGUUACUCCCUGACCUGUCUUCCCUGACAUGUCCUCCCUGUUACUCCCUGACCUGUCCUCUAUGUUACUCCCUGACCUGUCCUCUAUGUUACUCCCUGACCUGUCCUCUAUGUUACUCCCUGACCUGUCCUCCAUGUUACUCCCUGACCUGUCCUCCCUGUUACUCCCUGACCUGUACUCCAUGUUACUCCCUGACCUGUCCUCCCUGUUACUCCCUGACCUGUCCUCUAUGUUACUCCCUGACCUGUCCUCCAUGUUACUCCCUGACCUGUCCUCCCUGUUACUCCCUGACCUGUCCUCCAGGUUACUCCCUGACCUGUCCUCCAUGUUACUCCCUGACCUGUCCUCCAUGUUACUCCCUGACCUGUCCUCCAUGUUACUCCCUGACCUGUCCUCCAUGUUACUCCCUGACCUGUCCUCCAUGUUACUCCCUGACCUGUCCUCCAUGUUACUCCCUGACCUGUCCUCCUUGUUACUCCCUGACCUGUCCUCCUUGUUACUCCCUGACCUGGCCUCCAGGUUACUCCCUGACCUGUCCUCCCUGACCUGUCCUCCAGGUUACUUCCUGACCUGUCCUCCAGGUUACUCCCUGACCUGUCCUCCCUGUUACUCCCUGACCUGUCCUCCAUGUUACUCCCUGACCUGUCCUUCUUGUUACUCCCUGACCUGUCCUCCAUGUUACUCCCUGACCUGUCCUCCUUGUUACUCCCUGACCUGUCCUCCAUGUUACUCCCUGACCUGUCCUCCAUGUUACUCCCUGACCUGUCCUCCAUGUUACUCCCUGACCUGUCCUCCAUGUUACUCCCUGACCUGUCCUCCAUGUUACUCCCUGACCUGUCCUCCAUGUUACUCCCUGACCUGUCCUCCUUGUUACUCCCUGACCUGUCCUCCUUGUUACUCCCUGACCUGGCCUCCAGGUUACUCCCUGACCUGUCCUCCAGGUUACUUCCUGACCUGUCCUCCAGGUUACUCCCUGACCUGUCCUCCCUGUUACUCCCUGACCUGUCCUCCAUGUUACUCCCUGACCUGUCCUCCCUGUUACUCCCUGACCUGUCCUCCAGGCUACUCCCUGACCUGUCCUCCAGGUUACUCCCUGACCUGUCCUCCAUGUUACUCCCUGACCUGUCCGCCAUGUUACUCCCUGACCUAUCCUCCAUAUUAUCCCCUGACCUGCCCUCCAUGUUACUCCCUGAUCUGUCCUCCAUGUUACUCCCUAACCUGUCCUCCCUGUUACUCCCUGACAUGUCCUCCCUGACCUGUCCUCCCUGUUACUCCCUGACCUGUCCUCCCUGUUGCCCCCUGACAUGUCCUCCCUGUUACUCCCUUAAUCUAUGUGUAUAUGUAUAGGGCACUUGUUUAUAAGACCUAUAUAACACUCACCAGGCAGACCCUGAAUGUUCUUGUUUUUUUAUAUAUAUUUUUACAGUAUUUUACAAUAGUCUGUCGGACAUGCUCCUCUUCCUCUUGUGUACUGUUGUAAGCGUCAUUGUACGAUGAAAUAUCAAGAAUAUAAGAAGUAUUUUAUUCAUAUU